CCCCGCCGCGGGAGGAGGGCCGCGUGCCGCGUCUGCGGGAAGGAACCGGGAGUGACCCGAGGCCCGGGCGAGGAGCCUACAGGCCCGCGGAGCCCCGUGGGGAACGCACGGACGCAGCUGAGCUGGGGGCCGCGGCUGCCGGCCGACGGGCCCGGCCCAGCCUGGCGCCGAGGGGGACGUGCACUGUGGACACGCGGAGGAGCGAGUCACCGCGGCCUUUAGUGAGACCCAACGAAAAGAGCAUGACAUUUAGAAGCAGAAGACUUAGUUUCAGAUCCCUGCUCUUUCACUUACAAAUUUUGUGAUUUGGAAAUAUCUAUGCAAGAUGUUGACAUUGCAAACUUGGAUAGUGCAAGCCUUGUUUAUUUCCCUCACCACUGAAUCUGUAGGAGAACUUCUAGAUCCAUGUGGUCAUAUCCACCCUGAAUCUUCAGUUGUACAACUUGGUUCUAAUUUCACAGCAGUUUGUGUGCUAAAGGAAAAAUGUAUGGAUUAUUUUCAUGUGAAUGCUAAUUACAUUUUCUGGAAAACAAACCAUGUUAUUGUUCCUUUUGAACAAUAUACUGUCAUAAACAGAACAGCAUCUAGUGUCACGUUUACAGAUAUAUCUUUAUUAAAUAUUCAACUCACGUGCAACAUUCGUACAUUUGGACAGAUUGAUCAGAAUGUUUAUGGAAUCAGAAUAAUUUCAGGCCUGCCUCCAGAAAAACCUAAAAAUUUGAGUUGCAUUGUGAACGAAGGAAAGAAAAUGAUGUGUCAGUGGGAUCCUGGAAGGGAAACGCACCUGGAAACAAACUACACUUUAAAAUCUGAAUGGGCAACAGAGAAGUUUGAUGAUUGUAAAGCAAAACGUGACACCCGCACCUCAUGCACUGUUGAUUAUUCUCCUGUGUAUUUUGUCAACAUUGAAGUCUGGGUAGAAGCAGAGAAUGCUCUUGGGAAGGUUACCUCAGAUCAUAUCAAUUUUGAUCCUGUAGAUAAAGUGAAGCCCAAUCCACCACAUAAUUUAUCAGUCAGCAACUCAGAGGAACUGUCUAGUAUUUUAAAAUUGACAUGGAUCAACUCAAGUAUUAAGAGUUUUAUAAGACUGAAAUAUAACAUUCAAUAUAGGACCAGAGAUGCCUCAACUUGGAACCAGAUUCCUCCUGAAGAUACAGCAUCUACCCGAUCUUCAUUCACUGUCCAGGACCUUAAACCUUUUACAGAAUAUGUGUUUAGGAUUCGUUGUAUGAAGGAAGAUGGUAAAGGAUUUUGGAGUGACUGGAGUGAAGAAGCGAGUGGGAUCACAUAUGAAGAUAGACCAUCCAAGGCACCAAGCUUCUGGUAUAAGAUAGAGCCAUCUCAUACUCAUGGCUGUAGAUCUGUACAACUCAUAUGGAAGACAUUGCCUCCUUUUGAAGCCAAUGGAAAAAUCUUGGAUUAUGAAGUGACUCUCACAAGAUGGAAAUCACGUUUACAAAAUUACACAGUUAACGACACAAAACUGACAGUAAACCUCACAAAUGAUCGCUACAUAGCAACUCUGACAGCAAGAAAUCUGGUUGGCAAAUCAGAUGCAUCUGUUUUAACUAUUCCUGCCUGGGACUUUCAAGCUACUCACCCCAUAACGGAUCUUAAAGCAUUUCCCAAAGAUAAUGUGCUUUGGGUAGAAUGGACUGCUCCAAAUGAAUUUGUAAACAGAUAUGUACUUGAGUGGUGUGUGUUAUCAGAUAAAUCGCCCUGUAUCCCAGACUGGCAACAAGAAGACGGUACUGUACAUCGCACCUAUUUAAGAGGAAACCUAGCAGAGAGCAAAUGUUAUUUGGUAACAGUCACUCCAGUGUAUGCUGAUGGACCAGGAACCCCCAAGUCUAUAAAGGCAUACCUUAAACAAGCUCCACCUUCCAAAGGACCUACUGUCAGGACAAAAAAAGUGGGGAAAAAUGAAGCUGUCUUAGAGUGGGACCAACUUCCUGUUGAUGUGCAGAACGGAUUUAUCAGAAAUUAUACUAUAUUUUAUAGAACCAUCAUUGGAAAUGAAACUGCUGUGAAUGUGGAUUCUUCCCACACAGAAUAUACACUGUCCUCUUUGACUAGUGACACUUUGUAUAUGGUACGAAUGGCAGCAUAUACAGACGAAGGUGGAAAGGAUGGUCCAGAAUUCACUUUUACUACACCAAAGUUUGCUCAAGGAGAAAUUGAAGCUAUUGUUGUACCUGUUUGCUUAGCAUUCCUAUUGACAACCCUUUUGGGAGUAUUAUUCUGCUUUAAUAAGCGAGACCUAAUUAAAAAACACAUCUGGCCUAAUGUUCCAGAUCCUUCAAAGAGUCAUAUUGCCCAGUGGUCACCUCACACACCUCCAAGGCAUUUUAAUUCAAAAGAUCAAAUGUAUCCAGAUGGCAAUUUCACUGAUGUAAGUGUUGUGGAAAUAGAAGCAAAUGACAAAAAGCCUUUCCCAGAAGAUCUAAAAUCAUUGGACCUAUUCAAGAAGGAAAAAAUUAAUACUGAAGGACACAGCAGUGGUAUUGGAGGGUCUUCAUGCAUGUCAUCUUCUAGGCCAAGCAUUUCUAGCAGUGAUGAAAAUGAAUCUGCGCAGAACACUUCGAGCACUGUCCAGUAUUCCACUGUGGUACAUAGCGGCUACAGACACCAGGUGCCAUCGGUCCAAGUCUUCUCAAGAUCCGAGUCCACCCAGCCCUUGUUAGAUUCUGAAGAACGGCCAGAAGAUCUACAGCUGGUAGAGAAUGUGGAUGGCAGUGACAGCAUUUUGCCCAGGCAACAGUAUUUCAAACAAAACUGCAGUCAACAUGAAACCAGUCCAGAUAUUUCGCAUUUUGAAAGGUCAAAGCAAGUUUCAUCCGUCAAUGAAGAAGAUUUUGUUAGACUUAUACAGCAACAGAUUUCAGAUCAUAUUUCACAGCCCUAUGGAUCUGGGCAAAUGAAAAUGUUUCAGGAAGUUCCUGCAGCAGAUGCUUUUGGUCCAGGCACUGAGGGACAAGUAGAGAGAUUUGAAACAGUUGGGAUGGAGGCUGCAAUUGAUGAAGGAAUGCCUAAAAGUUACUUACCACAGACUGUAAGACGAGGUGGCUACAUGCCUCAGUGAAGGACUAACUCCUGUUACAACUUUGGAAAUACCUGUAAAGUAAAGCUAAAAAUAUUUUAUCUGUGAUUUCAGAUCUUCACUCACUGAAGAUGAUCAUUUGCCCUUAAGGACAAGAAGGUACUGUCCUCCCAUGUGGGCUGUUUCCAUUCCAGAAUAUCUGGGAUUUGACUUUAAGCACUACAUAAACUGACUUCAUCCUCCAAAUAGCUGAAUGACUGCUGUUUCAGGAUGUUUGCACUGAAGAAAAACAAAGCUUGUCUGAAAUUUAUAAAGUGAAACUUUUUGUUUUGCUAUCUAGAAAACAGAGGGUAUUUAAAUUAAAAGCAGUGGUAAACUUAGCACAGCUAUACUGAUUUUAAUGAGAAUAGUCAUCAAAUAUCAAAUCUUGGGGAGAAUUAGCAUAAAAAUUAGAGGAGCAAGGUCUAGACCCUCUACUUCAAGUGACAACAUAAUUUAAAAAGAGUCCAGAUGGUACAACUAAUAUGAGCCUAGCUUUUGUUGUCUGACAAAAAAAAAAAAGAAAAAAAUUGGGCUCAUUUAUAAUCAUACCAACAUAUAAAAUAUUAGUUCUCGUCCAUUGGUAGUGAUGCUGCCAGUUACUGGAGAAAAGGAAUUCUGGAGUUUUAACUUGGCAAACUAAAAAUACUAAUUUUUGAAUAUUAGACAAUAAGUAAAUUUUCAAACAUUUGCUUUCUAUCACUAUUGACAGCCUCUGAAGAUCCAUUUCACAAACUCAGCAGAGGGUCCAGAUAAGAGCUAGGAAUGAAUGCGACGAACUAUCUUAAACAUUUAAAAAAUUCUUUGCCAUUUAUAAAGGCUUAAAUUGUUAACACUUUUCUAUACAUGUAUGUAAACAUUAUUGACCCUUCUUGUUAAGACGUCAGAGAAUUUGGUUGAUGAAGCACUUUAUACAGUAUGUCUUCACCUUAAAAUGUGUUUUGAUUUAAUAUGCUUUGUUUUUAAGUAGAUUGAGUUUUUUCUUUCUUUCUAGCAGGUGUUUGAAGCAGACUAAUAAGUUAGAGGACUUGGGCAAUACUCACCAAAACAAACAAAGCACCGCCCCAAAAAUGUACAUAUUGAUCUUAGGAAAUAUCACAGUUAGCAAAUAUCCUUAUUGUAGAGGCACUUAAUGAAGAGAUAGUAUUUUAAUGUCUGCCAGUUCUGAGGUAGGUGAAACUUAGUUCUACAUGAUGAUUUAGGAAUAUUUUAAACCUCUUCCCACAUGUCCUGUUCUUCAGGGGAAAAGUGACUCGGGCUUCCAGAGUUUAGCACUAAACUCACUUUCACAUUUAUGUUAUUCCCUACCCACCACGUUUGACAAGGAAGCAGGGGCUAAAACUAGGAGCUGAGUAAGUAAGAAGAAAUUGUCAUGUGGUUGACUACUGCUGUCAAGUAAGUUUGUUGUUUCUCUGUCAUAUUUAAGUUACAGAAACCAAGCCAACUUAAAAUAGUUUGUAGAGGUUAUUGAAGAAUAAAAGGCUGAGAAAAAUUAGUACACAUUUACAGUUGAGAUGUAAUUCAACUCAUUACUCUCAAUAUUGUUCACAUUAGACUUGCUGUUAUGCUUUAUCCCUUGUAUUCUUGCCCGAUACUUUUCAGAGUUCUUUCUUAUAUACAGUCUUUGCGAGACAGAGCAGAUGCUUUAUUCUGAUAUAUCCAGUUCUACUUUAGGCAACACCAACAUGAGGUUGGUAGAAUGUCAGAAUUAGUAGUAGAUGAGGAAAAUUAGGCACAGACAGGUCAGGUUGGAACAGAGAGACCCCGAACUCACACACACUACACACUACAAGGUAAUAAGCAUUACCACCAUUUAAGUUGGUCGUCAAAGGCUGGUCCAAAUCAGAACAAGAUUUAUCUUGCUAAAUGUCAACAGAUUUAUAUCUAUUACAUUUUUCAUUUCCUCAAAAUAAGUAGUCAUGUUGUUAUAACCAUGUUUAGCUCUAACCUUCCUCCUAACAAAUAGCAGUGUUGCGAAGAACAUUUUAGUGUGGAAAUUGUACGUGGGAGGUGGGCAGUUAUAAAAUGUGAACUCAUGAUCUAUGGGAAUCAGAACAAAUAGAUAUUUAAGAAAGGACAUCAUAUAAGCAAAUUUGUAUGUUGAAACUUGUAUAGAACAUGGUGCAGUGAGUGAAUGCCCCCCAGCCACAAAAGCACUUUAGGCAUAUUAAAUGGACAUAGUUACUGUGCAAAACUUCAUUCAGGAAAUAAAUAUAUUUAUGUAAUAUACAUCUUUGCCCCAAAAGAGAAAAGGAGUCAUGAAACUUAAGUACAAAAUUACUUUCAUAAGGCAUGUCUUAGAAUAAUCUGUCUUGAUAUAUGUAAAUUAUAUUUUAGGUAGGCCCAGAAACAAAUCCAGUUAAUUUAUGUGAAAAUUAGACUAUGUUUAAGAUAGUGGAUAAGCUACUCAUUAAAUAUCUAGUAUCCAAAAAUUUGAUGCAGUUGCCCUCUUGUAAGAUUAAAAAAAUAAUAAGCAUAUGUUA